AUGAGCUCACAGAAUAAUCCGAGCGGCUCGCCCGCCGCAGCCAGUACUCCGAGUGGCCAGCCAGCCACAACCAACGUUCCGAAUGCCCCGCCAGUUACGAUCCGAGGACAGACCGGCCUGCCCCCGCGCCGAACAAGCCGUGAUGCUCCCCGUUAUGACGGAACCAACGUGCAGGACCUGCCUCGGUUCCUUGAAGAAGUAGAAAUGAUUGGAGAUGAGUUCCAACUUUCCGAUCAACAGCUUAUUUGGAGAGUAAAAUAUUACGCUAACCAAUCCGAUUCCGAGAUCUGGGCCUCAAUACCCGAAGCCGCAGACGGUGCCUCAGAUUGGCAAGCUGCUCGAGCAGCAAUUCUCGGAUUAUACCCGUCCCUCGACCGCGAUCGCCGCUAUGCGAAGAAUGACCUCCGUAUCCUGGUCCAACAAUGGGCCGUCACCGGAAUCCAGAACCGAGAGGAGUUUGCAGAGUACCAGCGCGAAUUCCAGAAGAUAGCAAGCUUCCUGGUCUCAAAGAAAGAAAUCACGGAAGAAGAUCGGAACGAAGCGUUCCUCGACGGUAUCACGGGGCUGCCCCGCAACACGAACUGCUCCUUCUGCGGAGAAGACGGACACUUCAUUCGCUCGUGUCCGAAGGUUAAUGAGUUCAUUCGCGACGGAAAGUGCAUCCGGAACACAUCCGGAAAGGUUGUUCUCCCCGACGGAUCGUUCGUUCCGUCAACAAUCCAAGGCCGACUACUCAUGGAUCGUUUCGACCAGUAUCACGCAACCAACCCCGGAAAGCGCGCCCAAGUCUCCCGAGACCUCAAGUUCGACGGAGUAGAGGUUCCAAGGCGCGGAACAACAAGCAUUCCGAAGAAGAAGGACGAGGAACCUAAGCCGGAACCAAAGCCCGCACCACCUGCCGAAGUAAGCCAGGCCCCGAAGCAUGACGGAUCGAAGCACGCCGACAAGCCCGCCGCCAGACCACCACCGGAACCACAUCAGUACCGUAAUCUCUCUCCCAUCGAAGACCCCGUCAUUGUCCAGCAGAUGGUCUCUCGCGUUCUAGACUCCAGCAUCAGCCUCACCCUGAAGGAGCUGUUGUCGAUUGCACCUGAUGUCCGAAAGCAAGUCAAGGAACUGUCAUCCGCUAGGCGAGUUCCGAACGCCGCCACGCACCUUGUCUCGACGGAACCCUCGGAACCAACGACUUCCGAAGAUGCAAUCGUAGCUCAAGUCUCACAGCACGCGUGGAGCCCAGAGUCGGUUGCAGAACAGGCUAUGCCGUUACGUACAGUUAAAGCCAUCUUCGAAGAUACUGAAGAAAUCCACUGUAUUCUAGACCAAGGAGCAACACUCUGCAUCAUUCGCGAGGAUGUAUGGAAACGUCUCGGAAUCCAUCUGCGUUCCGAUCUCGCAAUUAUGCUCGAAACCGCCGACUCCGGACAAGCGCCGACGCUCGGUGCUGUUGAGAACGUAAAGAUCAAUAUCGCUGGAGUCGACAUCGCCCUCCAAGCUCAAGUCGUUCGUCAAGCCCCGUUCGAGGCACUCCUAGGCCGACCAUUCUUCGCUAUCACGGAAUGCGAAACGAAGGACUUCAUUAACGGCGACCAGUCCAUAACACUAUCGGAUCCCUCG